CACUCCCCUGCUGUCGCGCGGCGGCGGCGGCGGCUCCUCCCGCCCGAGGCAGUCGGGCUCGGCGCCGGGGGCGGGAGGGGGCGGGGGGAGCGCGCCAGCCGCCCGGAGUGGGGGGCGAUGGCGAAGCUCCGGGUGGCUUACGAGUACACGGAAGCCGAGGACAAGAGCAUCCGGCUCGGCUUGUUUCUCAUCAUCUCCGGCGUCGUGUCGCUCUUUAUCUUCGGCUUCUGCUGGCUCAGUCCCGCGCUGCAGGAUCUGCAAGCCACGGCGGCCAACUGCACGGUGCUGUCGGUGCAGCAGAUCGGCGAGGUCUUCGAGUGCACCUUCACCUGUGGCGCCGACUGCAGGGGCACCUCGCAGUACCCCUGCGUCCAGGUCUACGUGAACAACUCGGAGUCCAACUCCAGAGCGCUGCUGCACAACGACGAGCACCAACUCCUGACCAACCCCAAGUGCUCCUAUAUUCCUCCCUGUAAGAGAGAAAAUCAGAAGAACUUGGAAAGCGUCAUGAAUUGGCAACAGUACUGGAAAGAUGAGAUUGGUUCCCAGCCAUUUACUUGCUAUUUUAAUCAAUUUCAAAGACCAGAUGAUGUGCUCCUGCAUCGCACGCAUGACGAGAUUGUCCUCCUGCAUUGCUUCCUCUGGCCCGUGGUGACAUUUGUGGUGGGUGUUCUCAUUGUGGUCCUGACCAUCUGCGCCAAGAGCCUGGCAGUGAAAGCAGAAGCCAUGAAGAAGCGCAAGUUCUCGUAGAGGGGAGAAGUCUCAUGGGAAGCAAAGCCCAGAAGCUGCACCCAUCGGCACACAUCUCCCUGUAGAGCCUGCUUCCUGGCGCAGGAGAUGAAAGGGGCUAUGCGAGGUCUCUGAGAGGCUCCAGCCUCAAUGGCAGCGGAAACAGGCACAGCUGGAAGACUUGGGACCGCAUAGAUUGUAUGCCAUGUGUCGUAGCAAUGGCUAAGGGGUCAAGCUCUUAACCUAAUGGAGUAGCCAUUUCAGAAAACUCUAUAAGAAGUUAAUUUUCUUUGGAAAGUAACAGUAUAUAAUUGUACAGUGUAGUAUACAAACCAUUAUGAUUUAUGCUGCCUAAAAAUAUUAAAAUAGAGUGGUCUGUG